AGUGCUGACGCGUACCGUUGACUGGCUGCACAGGCCCGUAGUGCAGCGCAGCUCGCGAGCGCGCGUCGUCCCACAUAUAUAAACUCGUUGUGUGCGUUGUUUUUUCUAUACCUUGAAAUCGUCUCGCCAGUCGCUGGCGCAGUAAGCAGUGGAGAAAGAUUCCGCAGUCCGAUGCGUCUACUCGCGUACGGUGGACUCGACAAUAGCUCAACUCAACCGUCCGCGCUGCCCGUCCAGCCGAAAGUUCCGCGUGUGUGCCUCUCGCGCGAGAGUUUUCUCUCUCGCUCUUGCGCACCUUUACGUUUACCUCUAUACUUACAAGAACGCACACACGCGUACACAGACGUAUAGGCGUGCAUGCCUACCUGAUGGCGCGAGAGAGCGAGCGAGUGUAGCGCGUUUUUUUCCUCUCCUCGUGCUGUACUCUUUAACAGUGGCGUUCGCCGCGGCGCGGUAUAGUGUGGUAUAUUGCUUAUAGUAAGUAGUAGUGGUCUCCCUGUGCAUCAGUGUGUAUAGCAGCCGUGUAAUGUAGUGCGCGGUGUGCUCCGGUUGUAUUUUACCUGUGCGUGCGCGCGGCCGAAAAACCAAGCCAGUGUGUAUCGAUAAUCCGGUCGUCAUCGAGUCCACGGUACCUGCCUACUUACCAGCGCAGCAGCUGCCAGUAUAAAUCGAGAAAUACAAGCGUGUUUAUCGGCGGCGGCGGCGGCGGCGGCGGCGAGCGUGAGACGUCGGGCCGAGAAAAUAUGCGGCGCGCAGCCUGGGAACUCGAGGACAAGUGCACGAGCAGCAGUGGAGCCGCGGCGAGAGGAGCGCCGGCCUUUAAACGCGAAGCCAUGGAGCGACGACGACACUGAUACCGUGUGUGUGUGUCGCGGUAGCGCAGCGCUGCAGCCAGUAUAGUGGUGGUGGUAGUAGUAGUAUAGUAGUAGUAUACCGGUCGCGCGGCGACCGACUCGCUGCGCCUCUCCUUCAUCUCGUCAUCAUCAUCAGCAGCAGCAGCAGCAGCAGCAGCAGCAGCAGCAGCAGUAGUAUAGUAAGAGAGCGGAGCAAAAUCUAGCGAGUGCGUGCGGAGCACAGGAUCGACGAGAGAGCCAGGGCCGAGAUAAGCUGCAUCGGCAGAGGAGGGAGCUCUCUCUCUCUCUCUCUCUCUCUCUCUCUUUCUCCGAGAAUGGCUGCGGAAGCGGCGAGCAAGAAGGCCGAGCGCGAGGCCCUCCGCGGCGUCAUCCAGCAAUGGAACGCCAACAGGCUGGACCUUUUCGAGCUCUCCGAGCCGAACGAGGACCUCGAGUUCCACGGUGUGAUGCGGUUCUACUUCCAAGACAGCGGCCAGAAGGUGGCGACCAAGUGCAUCAGGGUGGCCUCGGACGCUACGACCCAGGCAGUCAUCGAGACGCUCAUCGAAAAAUUCCGUCCAGACAUGCGAAUGCUCUCGGUGCCGGAGUACGCGCUUUACGAGAUCCACGAGAACGGAGAGGAGCGCAAGCUCGGCCUGGAGGAGAAGCCACUUCUGGUCCAGCUGAACUGGCACAUAGACGACCGUGAGGGUCGCUUCCUUCUGCGGCGCAUCGACGACAAGACCAAUGCCCAGGGCGUCGGGUUCGCCGAGGCGUCGAGCUUCCGGCGCAAGCUCAGCAAGCGCGAGAAGAAGCAGAUGAAGAAGCAGGAAAAGCUCAGCAGGCUCAAAAGCGCUGGAGCAGCCAGUGAGCAGGACGAGAACGCGGCGCCGCUCGACCAGAACGGCGUCGCCGAAAAACUCUACACAGAGCUGCCGGAGACGAGCUUCACGCGCAGCAUCUCCAACCCCGAGGCGGUGAUGCGUCGUCGACGACAGCAAAAGCUCGAGCGCAAGCUUCAGCAGUUCCGGAGCAAGGACGGCGGCCCGGACACCGGAGGCACCCUCAAGAUCUACGGCGAAGCUUUGUGCAAGGACGUGCCGUACAAGACGCUGCUGCUGAGCAUAAGGGACUCGGCCGCACAGGUCGUGAGGGAGAUGCUCGCAAAGUACGGCCUCGAGAAGGUCGACCCGCAGCAGUACUGCCUCGUUCAGGUCAACGGAGAGAAUGCGAACGGAAACGCGCAUCAGGAGUACAUUCUCGACGAUGACGAGUGUCCCCUGGCAAUUCUCAUGAACCAUCCGUCCACGAGAGGAUCCAUAAUGUUCCACGUGCGUCGAAGGCCGGCGGACUACGUGCCGCGCAAGCGCAAGAAAAAACCGGCUGGCAAGUGGAACGAGCUGGAGCACAUCAGGUACGAGGACGAGCGACUACCCUUCCUCCUCGAGCUCAACCCCGACGGCACGGACAUCUCCAGCGGCGCCGGUGUGCGCCACCGACUCCAGCCCAACGUCACCGAGGUCGGCAGCGAGAGACCCAUCGGGCCCCAAGCCGUACAGGCCCAGACGCUCACGCUCACCGGGCCGACGGUCAUGCCGAGACACUGCGUCAUCGCCUUCACCGAGAACAUCGUCACGCUGACGCCCUGCUCCAGGGACGCCCACACCUACGUGAACAACCAGAGGAUACACCAGACCACGAUACUGCAGAACGGAGCGAUCAUCAAGUUCGGCCGGAUGCACACCUUCCGAUUCAUCGAUCCGGCACCUGAGGAGCGCAUCAGGCAGCGACACGACUCGGGUCGCCAGAUGGACUACUCUUACGACAGACGUUCGCCAGACAGCAGCAGCCAGCAGGAACUCAGCUCGGAGAAGUACCGACCAGGUUCAGGUAUGGGUUCGCAGACGCCUAACGGCGCGACGAGUGCCCUGCAGUCGCCGUCAGGUUCGAAUCCACCGAGUCCGACGAAAUCCGCGGCUGCCAGUCCCAGGAGCCCGACCCGAGCCAGCCAGGCAGAGCCGACCCACAACUACGAGACGACGUUCGACCUCGAUGGCAACGUCGAAACCGCCAGCCUCAGCAGUAGUCGCGACGGUCACAGGCUCUCCCAGUACGAGAGACAGCAGCAGCAACAGCAGCCCAGAGGUACGGACCCGAUUCUACCGGCUGUCCUCGAGUUCCUCGAGGAAACGGAGGAGACGUUCCUCCACGCAGUUAUCACCGACGUGGAGCCGUCGGCGCCACAGUUCAAGCUCGCCCCUACUUACACGCUGUACUUGGCAGCGAGAUACAGGGCUAGCACGCACUACAGGCCAGAAUUGCAGCCGACUGAAAGGGCGAAAAGACUGACGGUUAUGCUGGCGAAUGUCGCCACUAUGAUACAGCGGGUCAUUCAGGAGCGCUACAUGGACGCCUCGUCCCUUGCCCUCUGGCUGGCCAACGGCUCGGAGCUGCUGCACAUGCUCAAGAGCGACCGACACGUAGGCGCCUUCUCCACCCAAGCUCAGGACAUCCUCGCCGACGCCGUGCACACGGCCUUCGACUCACUAGUGCGCUGCGUCUCGCUCGAGCUCGCCCCGGCCAUGUCGCAGUUCAUGGCCGACGCCGACGAGCCCGCCAAGGAAGCCGGCGUCCUCCAGAUCUUCUCCAACAGCAUGGCGCUGCUCAGGCGCUGCCGCGUCAACGCCGCCUUGACGAUACAGCUGUUCAGCCAUCUGUUCCACGCCAUCAACGCCACGGCCUUCAACGCCCUCGUCUCCAACAGCAACCUGUGCGUCAGGUGGUUCGGCCGGAGACUCAAGGCGAGGCUCAACGCCCUCGAGACCUGGGCGGAGAGACAGGGACUCGAGCUCGCUAGCCAGUGUCAUCUGGCGACAAUUAUGCAGGCCACGCACUUGCUGCAGGCGCCCAAGUACAAUACCGAGGAGCUCGCCGCCCUCAGCGCGACGUGCUUCAAGCUGAACUCGCUGCAGGUGCAGGCGCUGCUGCAAAAGUAUCAGCCGGCAGCCGACGAGCCAAGGCUGCCCGCCGAGCUAAUCGAGAGCGCCGUUAGGACGGCGAUGAAGGUGGCGGACGGGUUGGCCAAACAGGACGGUCGCGAGAUCCGACUCGAAGAAGAGCCAACUCUCAACUUAGCUCUGCUCCUCCCCGAUGACGGCUACAGCUGCGAAGUGAUCCGGGGAGUGCCUCCGGGUCUGGCCGAGUUCCUGGCGCCGCUCCAACGAGACGGCCUCUGCCGCAUGGCCGCGCAGCCCACCUCCAGCGGCUACUGGACUAUCUACAUGAUCGACCACAAUAACUUCCGAAGCCCCAGCGCGAUGAGCAACAGGUCCGGCGGUUACUCCGGCCACAUGGGACAGCCCCAGAGCCAGCCUGAGAUACAGAUUAUUAAGCUUCACAAAUCCACCAGUGGCAUGGGACUUAGUAUAGUCGCUGCUAAGGGAGCCGGCCAAGACCGACUUGGCAUCUACAUCAAAAGCGUGGUUGCCGGGGGUGCAGCCGACGCGGACGGACGACUGUCGGCCGGAGAUCAACUUCUCAAAGUCGACGGACAGAGCUUAGUCGGAAUAACCCAGGAGAAAGCUGCCGAGUACUUGGUUCGCACGGGUCCGAUAGUGACGCUGGAGGUUGCGAAGCAAGGCGCGAUUUACCACGGCCUGGCGACACUGCUGUCGCAACCCUCUCCUAUAAUGACCAGAGCCUCUAAGGCACGACCAAAAUCGGAACACUUUGAUCCCCCAAGAAUAGGAGAGAUGGCUCCGGGCCAACCGGCCUCUUCCUCGCACUCAAUGGGCAAUCUCCUGUCGGUGCCCCGGCACUCGGCCGGACAGGUCUACCACGAACAGUACGUCGACAAUUGGGAUCCACAGCCAGGUGCGAGUAUAGCCCGCGUCGGCAACAACAUUGCCCCUCAGUACCGCGCGAACGCGAACAUGCCCUAUCGCAACUACAUACCCGCGGCCGCUAACAGCCCCUAUCAAGCCUAUCAGCAACUUGCGCCUGUUGCAAGGCCCAACACUCUGCUCACCGCUGGUGGCGCGAUGAUGCGCGGCCACGACGUUGCCGCGGAGGUCUAUCCGAAUCCGGAGAUGCCCUACGAGCCGGCUCAGGCGCGUCUGGGCUACUGGCCGGGCGAGCCGAGUCGACAGCCCGUGUUACCGAUUAUUCGCGAGCCCACGUGCGAAUCGACGUUCCUAACGAUUCCGAGCCAGUACACCGAGUGCUAUCCCCACGGUUACGCAUCCGCGCAGGUGCACGCGAACCCUUCAACCGCGCGACACUUGCCUCCCCCUAAACAGUACCAAGAAGAAGAACCUGCCGCGGCGGCAGCUACGAGCUCAAACUACGGCGCGCAGUACGGUUACUACAGCGACGACAAGACUGAAUUAGUGUUCCCGGCGGUGAGGAGCCACUCACAGGACUACCUCGAGGCCGUCGACGACCUGCAGGCGGCGGCCAGAACCAGAACCGCUGUUCACCAAGAGCAGGAUUACUAUGCCUAUCGUAACACGGACCAACCAACUAAUACUCAGGAACAGUGCCAGGAGAGCUGUCAGGAAGCUGCGGCGGCGAUCGCCGAGCAAGAAGAGUUGGACGAGGAGGACAAGUCCGCGGACAAGGCGUGCUCGACGGAGGAUGCCACGCAGUCGAGCACGAGAGACAACUCUGACAGCCCUUCGCUGGAUACGGAAGCCACGGUUGUGCCCACGCCGAAGCUGCACACGGUGAUGCCCGAGCUGAACCUCGACCUCAGCGGACUGAACAGCAGCGAUGUGUCGAGCGACGAGAGCAACGGCGAAAAGUGCUGGAAGUCGCCGGAGGACGUUCGUCUGGGCUGUGGAAGGGUUGCCGCGCUAGCCAAGCAUUUCUCGCAACUCGGCGAGGCCGGUCUCAUCAAGUUCAAAUCGCGAAGAUUCGCCGGAUCAAGACAGUUCAUGUCCGAACCGGACAUCGCAUCACCCUCGAGCGCCGACACGAAAAGGCGCACGAGAGCCAGUAUCGAGAAGUUCAAGUCGGAGACCGAGCUAUUGAAGUCGGACAAGAGUGUCGCCACGACGCCUGAAAAGGAGUGGAGUAUGAUUCUGUUGGAUAUACAAGCGAAAGGGACACUGGAGUACCAAGAGGAGGCAGAGAACCGCAAACGUGAGAGCAAAGAAGAAGAAUCCGAAAAAGAAGAAGAAGAAGUGGAGGAAGACGAGGGAAAAGUGAAAGAAGCCGACGACAAAAGCAGCUCGAAACUCUCUCUUGCCGAGCAGGAGCAGAUAAUCGAACAGUUGAAAGAAUUCGCGAACCUCGACAACGUGGACGCACCUCUUUUUAUACCCAGCAAAGAAAACGGCAACAGUCGCAGAGGCAGCGGUUCCGACAAAGAGACGAUGACCGACUCGACGGAGGGCAGCAUCGAGAACAUCCACAAAGUGAAAAAGCAACCCCGCACACUCAUAGCCGGUAGCGUAAAGCUCGAGCAAUUUCGCAACCAUUCCCUGCCGACGAUCUUGAGCACCCUCAACGUCUUUCCUCAGCGACGAUGCAACGGAAGCUCCGCAACGACCAUAGUGGCCAAGGGCAAAGUGAACAGCCUCUCGAAGUACUGGUCUCUGAAGGAUCUCGCCUCGAGUGACGAGCUCGACUCGAAUCACACGUCGAACGACGACAUGCUGGACGACGACGAUCGCGAGGACAGCCCCGGCGCCAACAAGUACGUGGUUUUCCCCACCUGCUCGCGCGUCGUGUCAGCUCCCGAAAUAUCCGACGACUUCGCGAGAUACACUCCCGUCACCGGCAUCACCAUCAAGAGCACGAUAUCGUUCGGACGGCGACGCAGCGACGAGAGCGCGACGGCCUCUUCCACCAGUUCCUUUCACUCGACGGUGAGGCUGUCCAAGAGCACGAGCGACAUAUCCAGGGAUGCGAUCGAUGGCUCGAUUCCGGGGGACUGCGACGACGACGACGAUGACAGGCUGAGCAAGUCCUGGGAGAAGCUUAACCUGACUUGCAACAAGAAGCACAGUAGGUGCUACGCACGAAGGGAUAACAGAGGUCACGGCAGACGUGGUAACAGCAAGCUCGUCGUCGUCAGGAAGAAAGCCAAGAGCGACCUCGAUGUGUCGGAGAGAAAACCCACGCCGAGGUUCGAGAGAGGCGACUGGGUCUUUCGAGACAUAUCCCAGUCGAUACCCGUAGCAGCGAAGAGGGAAGAGCCGAGGCAACAGCAGCGAACGGAAUCGCAUGUAGGAACUGAAGGCAAGCUACAGCACGAGGUCUUCAAUCCAGGAUACAGUAGAGCAUCGUCCAGCAAUAGCGUUACGCCGCCAGUCCAGCCGCCGCCUAUGCCCGCCAUGAACGGAGCAACUUCUUUAAGAUCGAGGUCCAGUCACAAUUUGCAUGACCCGAGCAGAGCCGGCACUUUGCCGCCAAGCGGUCUAUCGAACAGGCAACAAUCUUCGCCCAAUCUCAACCCAAGUCAUCCCCACGGAGCGAACAAUAUGCAAAGUAACGAAGCCGAGAGAUUCUAUCAAAACUUGAGCGUGUAUAGAAACCAGGAGCCCGGACUGAAGCAGCACCCGAGCCCUCCUCAAUCUUCCGAUGACAGAAGCCCGCUGCAUGUACAGAAGCCCCUAUCGCGAGGCUCGGAGUCGACUCUGCACCGUGGAUCUUCGGAGCAGGGCAAGGAGCGACCCAUGUCCGCUUACGUCCCCCAGGGCCAGCAGCCUCAGCAACCGGGUUACCCCGGGCCACAGGGCCAGCAACAGGGCCCACCAGCCAGAUCUCAGUCUUCCCGUGACAUCAUCAGACAAGAAGCCAAGCUCUCGGAAAUGCAGGAGGAAGUUCGUCGGCGCGAACUUCGCGGAGGUCCGGCACCCGCGGCAAUGGGAGCCCAGGGAAUGGCCGCGUACCGCAACAACACGUAUAACCCACGAGCUGGCGCCGGCGCCAGUGGCAUGCAGGCACCGAACUCGAUUAGAAACGCGACGCAAAGACCGAUUGGCUCGACUCCGAACCUUGGUCCUACUUCGCCCAGCUAUGUUCACUCAAGAGGACCCGGUCAGAAUUAUGGAUACCUCCCAAUGGAAGCCCAACAGCAGCAGUACAAUCAAUAUGCACAGCAGUUUAACAAGCCAUACACAGCCGGAAUGGUGGGCAGGCCCUUCGCCGAACUCCAGCAGCAGUACCAGAGCGAGGUUGAGGCAGAAUUAGCGGCGGCUAGAUAUGGAAACGGCAAUGGCAUGAACAGAUCGCAGACGAAUGGAGAUAUUGCGAACGAGAACCCUCCGGCGAGACCGUCGCUACCGCAGUCCAGUGGCAGUCCUCCACCACCGGUUCCCAAUACCAUGACGCACCCAUUAUUUACGAAGCAGAUGGAUCCUUCCUCUAGCAGAUACACUGCGAGCAUGCAGGAUCCUCCUAGAGGUGGAUAUUAUCCUACGACUGCUGGCGGUUCGCAGCAGCCGCGUCAGUAUCAGUUCAGUGCCACUAAUCCUUGGCAGAGAGAAGAAAAAGAGAAGCAACAAGCAAGACGCAGGGAAGCCGCAAGGCAGUGGCGCGACCAGCAGAUCGCGGAGCUCAGCGCGUUACCCCAUAGAUCGCCCCAGCAAGAGGAACAAUUGCGCGCUCUUCAGCUUGAGCGUGACUUCCAAAAACGCGCUGAAGAAGCUGCGAACCAACAAGACGAUGACGAGGAGGGCAACGAUGUCGACAAUGAGAAUGCUAGCACUAGCCAACGAAUUCAAGGUCUCCUGCGUAGUGUCGCAGCUCAAGACCAACAGCGAAAUCAACCAAACAAUCAAGUCCCGCAACCUGGUCCUGGACUGAAUCGUAGUAACGCGACCAAUCAAUCGGGCAGAGGAGCCCUGUCGCCUCAGCCUGUCGGCAGUCAAAUUCAAAUGACGAACGUACCGAUUCACACGGCUAGCAGCCAGCAGGGAACCAUGCAGAACAAUUACGGUGGUGGACAGAACGUCGAUGCUAUGGCCAAUAACGUGGGAGGAUAUUCUCCCCAGAAUCAAAACGUGAACAACAGCCAGUCGACCAUGUCGCCGUCAUAUGGCUCACCGAACCUCAAUCAACAAUCGAGCGCUCGUCAGAAGGCAAGCAUGGAAGCCGCAGCUGCAGCUCAGGCUAACGAAGAACGAGAAAGACAACGUAGAAUGGAAGAGCUGAAGAGACGACAGUCGGAGUUUGACGAGAAUCAGAGAAGAAGGCAGGAAGAGGAGGCAAGACAGCAGCAACAGCAACAACAACAGCAGCAAAUGCAUGCACACCAGCAGCAGAUGCAGCAGAUGUACCAGCAGCAUCAAUCGAACCUCCGCAACCAGCAUCAGUUGCACCCGGGCAUGCUGAGACUGGACAAUCUCGUCAUUGAGGAGCCCAAUUCGCCGAACUCUCAAAGUGGUAACGAGGCUCCCCCACCGCCAGAGCGAGGUUCAAGCUACGCCGUGAUGUCGCAACAAAGCGCGUUACGAUCGAACACUUCAACCACGUCGAAUUCCAUUCUCGGAUCUCAACCACCAGCUACAAUGACCAAGAGGGUUUCCUUCCACGAUCCGAAUGCAAAUACUGAAUCACCGUCCCGUAACAAUAUGUCAAAUACCUCGAAUAUCGUAACCCCUUCAUCUGUAACAAUGGAUACCAUUCGAGAAGACCCAAAUAACUUCAUAAACGAUGCAGAGAUGCUGUUGGCUUCUCCGAAAACACCAGAAGGUCCCGGAGGUAUCUUUCAAGGAGCAACACCUGGCGUGAUAGGCGCUCAGGAAGUUUAUAAGGAUCCGAGGACAAGGAGAUUAGCGGAAAAGCAGAGGCAGCAGCAAAACUCGCAGAUAGGCGCCGUGCCAGAGAAACUUAGUUUCAAGGAAAAAAUGAAGAUGUUCGCCAUGGAGACCGGAGAAGACGGUACCCCCAGAGACAAAGUGAAAAUCUCGAGAGCUCAGCGUGAAAUCGAUAAUAUUGGUAGCCCUUUGAGUUCGAAUAAUAAUAAUUGAAGUGGGAUUGCGUCAUGCAGCAUUCAGUUAUGUAAAUACCAGAGUUAUCCAACUGUGUGCUUGGGUGCACGACAAUCACAAUAAGAUCAUCGAGCGAGGAUGUUACCGUUAUUGUUUGAAGUUUAAGGAUGAAGGCUAUCCUUUGUUAUUGUUGACGUAAGCAAAAGUAUUGCAGUUUUCUUUAACGAGCGCGAUAUUAAAAUUGUUGCAAAUGGUAUUAAAGUAUGGAAACUUUUAAUUUUUAACUAUAAAUAUGUUCAUUGUAUUAAUGAUACAUGCGAUAUGAAGUUUAUUUUUAUUAUUGUACCUUUUUUGCAAGUAUUAGUGCUCUGCGAUCAUUUUAAUCGUUUAAUACCGGAGUAUUGAAAUAUUUUUUAUAUUAUUUUUUAUCUAAAUUGAAGCUUUUGUCUUUUCUUAGUAAGGUUUGUAGCCUUGAUGAAGGUAUCUAUAUAAAGUUUAAUUUUGUACUUCUUGCAAAUAAUGUCUACUGUAUAACGUUCUAACACUGACCUUAAUUUUUAGUUCUAUCAUGUAAGAGUAGUAUUAGCAAAAAAACCUACAGAAGCCUUUUUUUAAAAUAAGUAUUGCAAAGUUAACAUCAAUCGAUUAUUUGAAGUAUUCAAAACUGGAAUUCUUCGUGUACAUGUAUUUAAUAUUUAUGUAUGUAUGAUGGUGUGCAUGUGUUCUGUCACUCUAUGUAUAUACUUAAGUUGACAGAGUGAUAAAAAGCGACUGCGUUGUACCGCAGAAGAAUAUAAGUCAUUUGAUACUUACAUUUAUACAGAAAUAGAUCGGCGUACAUCAAAUCAGUGCUUGGCAUUGGUGACUUGAAAAGCACUGAUCAAUAUGGGACCUAUUUAUCACUCCAAAAGAAUACCUUUAUCUCUCGUGCAUUUUGAAAAAAAAGAAGUUGUUUUCUUAUUUAUAUAAAACACUUACUUAUUUAUACAUAUAUUUUCUAACAUAUAUGUCGUUUGUACAUGAUAUUUUGAAAGCAGAGAUAGAUCUCGUACUAUUGUCGUUACUUGGUAACAAACUUUACAUUUUCUGAAGCAACUCUUUUGAUAUUUUAUGAGAAAAAAGUCAAAUAAUAUUGCACACUUUAAAAUAUGUGUCGAACAAUGCGAGAUGAUUACGAAAAAUUCGAAUUUAUCUGUGGCAUUGUGUAAAGUUAAUUAAAGUUUUAAAGGUCUAUAGAUAGAAAUAGCUUUGAAUUAAAAGUCAAAAUCAAAUUACAUAACAAAUAAUAGCAAUACGCGGCAGAUGUUUCAAAAUCUACCAAUUGUAUGUUGUUUCAAAGUAAAACUGUGUCUGAGCUAACCAUAUAAAUAAAUACAGUAUGAUACAUAUGCAUUAUAUAGUAUAUACAUGAAUCUGCGCAGGGACGCGUGCACGCAAGUACACUCACAUAAAUAUAUUAUAGAUUAUACAUUAAAAGAAAUAAAAAAAAGAGAAACUUACACCAUACUAAAUGUUUUAAGUAGACAUGAGACAAAUAUGAUGAUAUCGGGCCAAACUCCAAAGAGCCUAAAGCCCGCGUUAACAAAGCAUAGCAAUAUUAGCGUAUAAAUGUUGUUAGUUUGAAAGAAUAUGCGAGACAAAAAUGAGAUUGAUAAACGGAAUACAAGCAAGAAAGUUAGGGUUUUAUAUCAUCUAAAGUAGAUUCGGUCUAAGUGUAGACUGCAGUUGCAAUAAUCUAACUAGCGUAGGUUCGUCUUUCGCGUUUUUGCAGAGCGCAAUAGCCGUUAUUACAAUAUACGAAAAACAUUCCUCGCGAUUCAACGAAAACAUUUGAAAAAAAUGCAUAAAAAAAUACAAAUAAAAGAAUAAUAGUAAAAAACAACAAGCAUGUAAUUUGUUGUAUAACUAAGAAAAUUAGUGUCGUCCCGCUUGCGACGGCAUGCUCGUUUUCAAUGCUACAUAAUAAAGUUCGUCUGUAGGAAUGAUAAUUGCAACAACUGUAGAAUCUUUUUCUUUGAGGAGAAGUGUAGAACAUAGAUGAAAUUUUAUUAGAGAAUCGCAUUAUACGUGCGCGACGUUUGAGAGCAGCCAAAAUUCGUUGUCAGCCGCAAGUUAUGUAGAAUCGAACUAAUCGUGGAAAAAUGAAAUUUUUUUCUUUCCUUUUUUUAACAGGGGCGCCCGGGUUCUAAACUUUGUACAGCGGAUGCGUUCUAGAUAUUGUAUGUGAUAUAAUAUAGGCCUUUCUUUCAAAUCGAAAGAUAAUCGAGUAUGUUAUUUUCGACUCGCAAACGCGUGUAAACCAAGAUGAGUUAAAGUGAAGAAAAACAUUUAACGUAUGCACCCCAACUCCAAUACGUAAACGGGAAAUAAAUCAGACUAUAAUCGUCAUCUCUGCGUCCAGCAAAAAAUAUUGUUUAUUGCUUGUUUUUUUUUUCUUUUUUUUAAUUUAUUACCUACGUAUAUAAAACAUUAUAGUCUUAUCUUUUUUUCAUUAACAAUUUUUAAAGAUUGAGAAUGAGAGAUAUAUGUAUUACGCGAACAGCUGUUGUUAAGUUUUUCAUAUAAGUAAAGCGAACAGAAGCGCGAGAAAGGGAGAUAAGUUGAUUAGUAAGUGAAAAAACGUUUAAACCUGCAGGGAGAAGAAUAUAUAGUGUUCGGAAACACGAGUCCCUGCAGAGUAAAAAUAAACUGACCGUUGUUUUUUCAAGCCUUAAGCUGAUAGCAGACGUUAUUCAUGAGAAUUAACGGGACUCUUUUUUAUUUCCAUGUUGAUUAUGCAAAAAGAAAAAGCGUGUUAUGUUUAUCGGUCCCGAUCGUUCUAGAGAUGAAAUGUCAAGAUUUUACGUAAAAAGGGUAAAAACACAGAACCUAGGAAUGAGAUGGAUGAUGAAAGCUGUGUAAAAAGGAAAAAAAGCGUUAGCACGUAUCCACAUGUAAGUUAGUUGCAGCUAGAAGCAGCGAGAUAACGAGAGCUGGAAAGCGAGUAAAAAAAGAACGGUUACGUCCCUCCUUGUUGUGUAUAGCAAACGUAUUUGCACUAUAUUUUGUAAGACUUUUCAAUUGUCACUAGGAGAUGAUUCUAAUGAGCGACGAGGUAGAUUCCUUUCCGAAACGCGCGUCAUCCGAUUCUUCUGAAUUAGUAAUAUCUUAUCUACAUUAAUAACUAUGUAUAUCAAUUGUAAUUGUAGAAAACACACUAUAUUUUUUAAUGAUUGUUCAUCGUGUCAUUAUGCAUUAUUCAGAUAUGAUAUUGAUGAGGAUUUAAAUAAAAUAAAUAUCGAGCAAAGCU